UGCAAAUGUCAGUUCAAAGGAUAUUGCUUACCUUUUCGAGUGUUUAUUUAUAAUUCUCUAAAAUAAACUGGAGUUUGUUAUUGUUACAGUGUAAAUUGUUAUUCAUUGAAUUUCUAAUAUCACUUCAUCAAUUUCACAUAUUCAGACCGGCGUUCAAUGCUGGAAGUUAAAGAUGAGCAGCCAACACCAGUACAUGACGGUGAACAACUCUCCCAGCGCCAGGGUUGGAGAUAUUGAACAUAUAAGCCACCUGUCGGAGCACAUUGGGUCUCUCUGUUUAUCCUCAGAGUACUCAGAUGUGACCCUGAUAGUAGAGGGUCAGAGGAUCCCUGCCCACAAAGUGAUCCUUGCGGCCAGCAGUGAUUACUUCAGAGCUCUACUGUAUGGAGGCAUGAGGGAAGCCAACCAGGCUGAAGUAGAACUGCAAGCACCUCUACAGGCGUUUAAAGCACUGUUACGAUAUGUUUAUUCUGGACACAUGGGACUGUCGCUUUUGCGUGAGGAGACAGUGCUGGAUAUGCUGGGGUUAGCGCACCAAUUCAACUUCCAGGAGCUGGAGGCUGCUAUAUCAGACUAUCUGCGACAGGUGCUCGCACUGAGGAAUGUCUGCGCAGUACUCGACGCCGCCAGACUGUAUGGAUUGGAGGCGCUGAUGGACUACUGCUAUAACUUCCUGGAUAGGAACGCCACGGAGGUGCUGCAGCAUGACUCCUUUCUACAGCUGUCUGUUGAAGCGCUGCAGGGUCUACUGGAACGCGACUCGUUUUUCGCGCCCGAGGUGGACAUCUUCAAGGCGGUCUGUAACUGGUUCACCGCCAACCAGCAGUGGGUCAAGUCUGAUAGUGGCAUGAUGCAAGUCGAGAAGAUCCUAAAGUGCGUGCGGCUGACGCUGAUGUCUCUGGAGGAGCUGCUGACUGCGGUGCGGCCGGUGGCGCUGGUGACUCCCGACAUGCUGCUGGAUGCUAUACACGACAAGACGCAGACCAAGAGCACCGACCUGCCACAUCGGGGCUUCCUACUGCCGGAGGAGAACGUAGCGACUCCGAAGCGCGGAGCUCGCGUCAUAUCUGGCGACAUGAGGUCGGCGCUGCUGGACGGCGACGUGGACAACUACGACAUGGAGCGCGGAUACACGAGGCACACCAUCAGCGACGCCGCCGACAACCCCGGCAUCACUGUGCGUCUUGCACAUCCCACCAUCAUCAACCAUCUGCGUCUGCUGCUCUGGGACCGCGACCACAGGUCGUACGCGUACUACAUCGAGGUGUCGGUGGACCAGCAGGACUGGGUGAGGGUGGUGGACCACAGCAACUACUUCUGCCGCUCCUGGCAGAACCUCUACUUUGAGGCGCGCGUCGUCCAGUUCAUCAAGAUUGUAGGCACUAGCAACACUGUUAACAAGGUAUUCCACGCGGUGUCGCUGGAGGCGCUGUACACGGCGCGAGUGCCUCCACUCUGCAACGGUCUGGUGAGACCCACACACAACGUCGCCACUGUUGACCUCGCAGCUGUUGUCAUUGAGGGCAUCAGCCGAUCCCGCAACGCCCUGCUGAACGGUGACACGGAGCACUACGACUGGGAGCAGGGCUACACCUGCCACCAGCUCGGCUCCGGCGCCAUCGUGGUGCAGCUCGCGCAGCCCUACAUGCUCUCCUCGGUGCGGCUGCUGCUGUGGGACUGCGACUACAGACACUACUCCUACUACGUCGAGACCUCCGUCAACUACUGGCACUGGGACAUGGUCGCCGACCGCACGCGCGACCACUGCAGGUCAUGGCAGGUGAUCUACUUCAGUCCUCGGCCAGUCUCUGUCAUCCGUAUUGUCGGCACUCACAACUCUGUCAAUGAGGUGUUCCACCUGGUGCAUCUGGAGUGUCCGGCGCAGGUGGAGGAGCCGCGCGAGGAGACCGCCAGCGGCAGGAAGCCGCGCUCUGACCGCGCCCUGCCCGGCCCCACCAGCAGCAGCGUGAGCCCGGAGCGAGUGCGGGCGGCGUCCCCCACCGGGUCUGCGGAGUCCGCGGGCUCCACCAGCUCGGCCGGGUCGGCGAGGUCCCGCCGCAGUGUGCCGCCCGCGGAGACCGCCAAGGAGGCCGCCGAGACUUACGACGAGUGAGGCAGCGCCCGCCGCGCGCACUGCCACUGCGUCUGACACUCUAUGACACACUUAUGACACCGGGCAAUGGUCAUCCGUCAUAGAAGUCACCGAUCUGGGAUAAUGUGACUAAGUGUAUGUGAUUCUAAAAAUCUCUUUUAUUCGAUGUGGUUACGAAUUGAAUGACAAUUUUUUUUUGU